AAUGUUCUCAAAUUCAUCUACUGGUCCAAUGCCUCAUCUCACUGCAAUGCCUUCAGGAGUACUUCGUAUUCAGCCAUACAAAUCAGUUAACCCAUUUGAUGACGAUUUUGAAGAAAAUGACAAUAAUAAUAAUGGAAAAUCUAUUUAUGAAGAACAAUUUCAACAACAACAAAGGCUGAUGGAACAAAAUGAGGCUAAACUUGCCGAAUUACAAUUAAGGAAAGAAAUGGCCAAAGAAGAUGCUGAAGCAACUCAAAAAUUGGAACAGGAGCAACAUGAGGUUGUUGACAGUAUUGAGGACCAUGUAGAGAGAACGGCCCAAGAAGUUAAACUCGCAGAGCGUCAUUUACGUCGGGCUGUCGAGACUCAAAGUGCCAAAUAUCCAGCUGUCGCGGCUGCUGUUGGAGGUGUUGCGCUUGGUGGGCCUGUUGGUGUUGUGGCUGGUUCGACGAUUGCGGGUAUUGCUGCGGCUGUUGGCGGAGCUUUUGCAGGUCUCUAUGGUGGUAAAUUUCUUCGAAAAAAGCAUCAACAGCAACAUCAAAAUGUGGAUGCUCCUCCUGUUGGAAAUAGCUCAAAUAUUGAUUGA